CGAGGCCCUCCGGUUCCGGCCCCCGCCGGGGUGCGCGCGUGCGCACUGCGCCCCCCGCCGGGCCUGCGCACUGCGCAAAGCGGGAUCGGAGCCGCGGCAGGAGGAUGUGGCGACCGUCACAGCUUUGCCGCUUACACUGUGCUCUGCUGCAGAGCAGGACGAAGCCCUGGCCACUGCCUGCUGCCCUCUCCAGGAGACACCUGAGGGCCCUGCCUGUGAGAGGGUCCUGGAGACCCCGGCCCCUGUGGAGGAAGGCCCUCUCCGCCACAGUGAUGGGAAUGCCCCUGCUCCUCAGCAUCCGCUAUUUCACGGCGGAGCCUCAGGAGAAGAGGCGGAUGCGGCUCAUGGCAGACGGCAUCGGGCGCUUCAGCAGGUCUCUGAAGAUUGGCCUCCAGAUUUCGCUGGACUACUGGUGGUGCACAAACAUCGUCCUGCGAGGGGUGGAAGAGAGCAGCCCAGGGUACUUGGAGGUGAUGUCUGCAUGUCACCAGCGGGCAGCUGAUGCCCUGGUGGCCGGGGCCAUCAGCAACGGGGGCCUCUACGUGAAGCUGGGCCAGGGGCUCUGCUCCUUCAACCACUUGCUGCCCCCUGAGUAUGUCAGGACGCUGCGUGUGCUGGAAGACAGGGCCCUCAAGCGCGGCUUCCAGGAGGUGGACGAGCUGUUCCUUGAAGACUUCCAGGCCCCGCCGCAGGAGCUCUUCCAGGAGUUUGACUACCAGCCCAUAGCCGCUGCGAGCCUGGCCCAGGUGCACCGAGCCAAACUGCAUGACGGCACCACCGUGGCUGUGAAGGUGCAGUACAUCGACCUGCGAGAUCGCUUCCACGGGGAUAUCCACACUCUGGAACUCCUGCUUCAGCUCGUGGAGCUCAUGCACCCCAGCUUUGGCUUCAGCUGGGUCCUCCAGGACCUGAAGGGGACCCUGGCCCAGGAGCUGGACUUCGAGAAUGAGGGCCGGAAUGCCGAGCGCUGUGCGCGGGAGCUGCGGCACUUCCGUUACAUCGUGGUCCCCCGCGUGCACUGGGGCGUGUCCAGCAAGGUGGGCUGGGACGUCUCAUGGGUAGGGGUGCACGGGCCUGCGGAGCUCAGCAUUCUUAUUCUCUCCCAGCGUGUGCUGACAGCCGAAUUCUGUGAAGGCUGCAAGGUCAACGAUAUGGAGGCCAUCCAGACCAUGGGGCUGGCAGUGCAGGAUGUAGCAGAGAAGCUGAUCCAGGCUUUUGCAGAGCAGAUAUUUUACACUGGCUUCAUCCACUCUGACCCCCACCCAGGCAAUGUUCUGGUGCGGAAAGGCCCAGAUGGGAGGGCACAGCUGGUGCUGCUGGACCACGGGCUCUACCAGUUCCUGGAUGAAAAAGACCGGUCGGCCCUGUGCCAGCUGUGGCGGGCCAUCAUACUGAGGGAUGACACGGCGAUGAAGGCGCAUGCAGCCGCACUUGGGGUGCAAGACUACCUCCUGUUCUCUGAGGUGCUCAUGCAGCGGCCAGUGCGCCUGGGGCAGCUGUGGCGCUCGCACCUGCUGAGCCGUGAGGAGGCUGCCUACAUGCAGGACAUGGCGCGUGGCCACUUCGAGGACAUCAUGGCCGUGCUCAAGGCGCUGCCACGGCCCAUGCUGCUGGUGCUGCGCAACAUCAACACCGUGCGCGCCAUCAACACCGCCCUUGGCACCCCCGUUGACCGCUACUUCCUCAUGGCCAAGAGUGCGGUCAGGGCCUGGAGCCGCCUGGCCAGUGCAGCGUACCAGAGCAUCUACGGCACCAGCCUCCUGCGCCAUGUCCGGGCCACCUGGGAGAUGUUCAAGUUUGAAGUUGCCCUGAGGCUGGAGACCCUGGCCAUGCGGCUCACCACCUUUCUGGUUCGCAUCUUGGUGCCCCUGGGCCUCCUGCCCGAGGCCGAGGGCCUGUACCAGUACCUGGAGACCUAGGGAGCCCCUGGGCAGGAGGGCCAUGGAGCGCACCCGCCUGGAGGUGUGGACACCCCAAGACCUCGGCGCUGGAGCAGCUGCGGCCUGGUGGUGGGGAGACGCGCACAGUCAGGCCGGGAGGCCUGCAAUGACCACAAGCUCUUCUUAAAUCAAA